UCUCGGGAAUGGCUGAUUGGGCAGGACUCUUAAGCCAAUCUCCCUGCCUGUCCUUUAUGAGCCGGCUGUGCUCGGGUUCCGGCCUCGCAGGCAGGUCUGGCCGGUAACCUUGGAGCGGCUUCCCAGGGUCAGAGGAGCUGCACGGGGAGUAGCCCAGCCGGAGCCGCGGCUUUCCCCCGCUCACUCCCCAGUAGCCGCUCUCUGGAUGACGGUGAACAACGCGGUGGGACAAGGAAGGCUGGGCCUGCCUAUCAAUGUCGUGGGGAAGGUAAACCAUGUCUUCUGCUGUGAUUGCCAAGCCUGCGAUGAGAGGCCUGUUGGCCAAACGUCUACGGUUUCACCUGGCUGUGGCUUUUACUUUAGCUUUUUCCGUAGCUGGUGCUUUCAAGUUCAUAGUGGGUGAUUCCAGGAAGAGAGCAUAUGCUGACUUCUAUAAGAAAUAUGAUGCCAUGAAGGCAUUUGAAGCCAUGAGGGAUGCUGGUGUGUUUGAAAGUGUGAAACCAAAGAAGUAAAUUAAAUUCUUGCAAAGGAAACUUGGAACGAGUGAUUGGAUUGCUCCUCCGAUACACACUGGGAAAUGGAGACGAAAGGAUAUACUUUGUGCAUUCUACACCUGAUGUAUAAAUAAAACAUUUAAUUUUCUGACUGUUAA